UUCAAUAUUUGGUCUGUGAUCCCGGCUACGCGGCGUUGUUGUUGUUGUAUUUUAUUUAUACAUUUCUCAGUUUUCUGAGCAUUCUCCCAUCUAAAAUCGUGUUUACUACUAUUUGAUACAAUGGAAAUGGAGCCUAAGCAACCACCCGAAGCGUGGCCAGAAGAUGAAAUGUAUGAUUGGGAGCCUUCAGAUGAUGUAGGCUUUGAUGGGCCAAUGCCCAAUAUGUCUGGCCCAAGAGGCCCAGGCGCCCCGGGAGGCCGAGGCGGCCCUGGCGGCCCCGACAACUUCAGAAACCGUCGCUACAGAGAAGCUUACGGCAACUACAGUGGUGGCUACGAGCAAGGAGGAUUCAGGCGGCCGAUGUUCAAGCCCUAUGACUACUCGGGACCUCCUUUCGCUAUGGGACCUCGUGGUCCUGGUCCCCGCUUCCCCAUGGGCCGAGGGUAUGGCCCGCAAGGCCCACGCGGCCCGAUGGGGCCAGUACGCCCUAUGGGACCGGCUGGUCCAAUGGGGCCAAUACGCCCUAUGGGACCGGCAGGCCCAAUGGGACCAGUUGGACCCCCCAGGUUGCCGAUGAGGUCCUUGCAAGACCGUGUUGUCAAGUUUCUAAUGCGUUGUGGCAUGACGAAGGAGAAUGUGAAGAACCUGCCGCGCGGGCUGGUGCAGCUCAUCAGCCCGCAGCACUGCGGCGUCUGCGGCAUGGAGUUUGAGUCCUUCAGCGUCUCUCGCAUACAUUAUGGAUCCAAAAACCAUUUGAAAGCCCAAAAGAAAUGGAUUGCCCAAUGCAAUGGUGAAACCCGUAUGGGGAAUUCGGGCAAAGAGCUGCCGCUAAAGUCUCGAGACCUGUACUGCGAGUUGUGUGACGUCCACAUCACGUCCAAACAGCACGCUGAAUCUCAUUACGCUGGGAAAAAUCAUCGAGCGAUCGUGGAGGGGCGCAAGCAACCGAAGAACCCAUACCUGCUUCAAGAAGGAAUGGAGGGGAGAGUGGAGCAGCUAAUCCGUCGUGAGAAGCGCAACCUGAAGGCGGACGGCUCUGAAGAGGGGGACGCGAAGGAGCUCAAAGAGCCGCCGCCGCCCAAGAUCGGCAACCCGGACCUCUACUGCAAUAUAUGCAAGACGUCAAUGACGAACAUGGAACAGAUGAUGAUGCAUCUGAACGGCAAGAGGCAUCUCUUCAAGGAGAAGAACCACAUCCUGAGGGUCAUGAAGGGAGAACCUGAUCCGGCCCCGGCUCCAGCGACUGAACCUGGGGCUGGUGACGCCAUGGCGAUCGGCGAAUCUCCAGCAGGUGGAGAGCAAGACAAAGAUGCGAACGGAGACAAAGAACAAGCGAUGGAAGAGCAACAAGACGCGAGUGGAGACCACGACGCCAGCACCAUCGACGAGUGGCAGAACGGGGGCGGUGAACAGUGGUAAACAUAUCGACAAUCUACGGUCUCGCCUAAUAUACUUUUACAAAAUCGCAAUAAUUGUAGCUUAUUAUCAUCCUAAAUGAUAUCGUAAUAAUGAUUGGUUGUUAAGAGCUUGUGAUUGUGACUUUAAAUUUACUUAAUUAAUAAAUAAUACUAUACAAAUA